AAGUCUAAAGAGUAAGUGUCAUUCAACAAAAAAACUAAGUGUGACAUUCAACAAAAAUUAGAAUAAAUUUCUAAGAUGGUGGUGCCAAUAGUAGGAGAGCAUGAGACUGAAAUUCUACAUGCUCAAACUCACAUAUGGAACCACAUUUUCAGUUUCAUAAACUCUAUGUCACUCAAAUCAGCCAUUCAAUUAAACAUCCCAGAUAUAAUCCACAAACAUGGCAAACCAAUGACUCUUGAUCAAUUAGCCAAUGCCCUUUCAAUCAACAAAGCCAAAACCACUCACCUACGACGUUUAAUGCGAAUAUUAAUCCAUUCUGGAUUCUUCGUCAAGUCCAGAAUCCAAGAAAACGAUGGGGAAAGCGAGGGCAUAGACGAGGGUUAUGCCCUCGCACCCCCUUCUCGUCUUUUAUUAAAAGACGAGCCGUUAAGUGUGACACCUUUUUUACUAGCCAUGUUAGAUCCAAUUUUAGUGAAACCUUGGCAUCAUGUUAGUGAAUGGUUUGAAAAUGAUCAUCCUACACCAUUUGACACUGCUCAUGGUAGAACAUUUUGGGAUUAUGCUGGACAUGAACCUAGGCUUAAUCAUUUUUUUAAUGAUGCUAUGGCUAGUGAUGCAAAGUUGGUAAUGAAUGUGGUUAUAAAAUAUUCUAAGGAUGUUUUUGAAGGGUUAAAUUCUAUUGUAGAUGUAGGUGGUGGAACUGGAACUGUAGCUAAAUCUAUUGCUAAUGCAUUUCCUGAUUUGCAAUGUACUGUCUUUGAUCUUCCUCAUGUGGUUGAAGGGCUUGAGGGGAAUAAGAAUUUGAAUUAUGUUGGAGGAGACUUCUUUGUGUCCAUUCCCCCUGCUGAUGCUCUUCUUCUCAAGUGGAUAUUGCACGAUUGGAGCGAUGAAGAAAGUGUGAAAAUAUUGAAGAAAUGCAAAGAAGCAAUACCAAGCAGAGAAAAAGGUGGAAAAGUGAUAAUUAUUGAUAUGAUGGUUGAUAAUAAGAUAGGAGAUGAUGAAUCAAUUGAAACUCAGAUUUUCUUUGAUAUGUUAAUGAUGGUUUUAGUCACUGGAAGAGAAAGAUCUGAAAAAGGUUGGGCAAAGCUUUUUUCAGAUGCUGGUUUUAGUGAUUAUAAAGUUACUCCUAUUCUUGGAUUAAGGUCUCUAAUUGAGGUUUAUCCUUAAUUAAUUUCAACUUCCAAAAAAGAAAAAUAAAUAAUUUCCAAGUGUGGAAGGGGAUCCUUGGAGCAAUGUCAAAGUUGUUUCCGUGUCACCUAUAGGUCAUGUAUUUGAGCAGUGAAAGCAACCCUUGGGGUGCGGCCGUCUCUCGGGCCCUGCUUGAAUGCGUAAUGUUUUGUGUACCGAGCUACCCUUUAAAUAAUUCCUCAGUGUGCUAUUAUUUUGCGAAUUAGCUUGAUGUACUUUUUUUUUAAAAUUCUUUUGUUGUAAUGAAAAUUGCAUUAUUAUUUGAGGGAUGAAUGUUGAUUUCUUUCAAAAA